AUGAGUAUAGAGGAGGCAUUGGGCUUUAAAAUUGACUCUAACUUGGGUCUUUCACAAAAUUUGAAUAUGGAAUUACCUACGGCAGCCGAAGUGAGUCGAGAUUUAUUUGCUGAAGAGGCUGAUACAUUGACAGAAAAGUAUAAAGAUUCUGUAGGCAAGUCAGAUGACUGUAGUAGUUUUCAUUCUAAUAAUUUUACCUCUGAAAAUUUGAAUGCUGAAAAAAAGUUAGAACACCUUGUGGAUAAGUUUGAUGUUAAUGAGUUUUUAAUGAGAAAUAAUUUUGAAUAUACACCAUUAGAUAGUCUGAUUCGAGACAUGGAUACCCUUUCUGGAGUUAUUGAUUCAACUUUAGUAGAGGAGGUUUCUGAGAAUUAUGGCCCAUACUUGGAAUUUUGCAAUACAUAUUCGGCAGAUGAUAAUGAAGUUCUAUUAGAAUUACAACGUGCCAAAUCAGAUAUUAGUAAUUUUAAAGAAAAUUUGGACAAAGUUACAAAUAAAGAACUAGCACGCAGUAAAGAAGUAAUAACAGAUACAUUAGAAUAUUUGCAUAGAUUAGAUGAAAUGGGCCAAUUAUUAGAAAACCAUACUAAAUUAGCAGAGUCACUUUCCAUUGCAACAAAAUUAGGCAAAACUUUACAUUUGUUGUGCGGCAUUGAUGAAUUAAAUCAAACGGUAUGUAAUUCCUUAAUAUUGCAAUCAUAUAAACAAGUGAAAAGAUCGAAUGAGUUAUUAGUUUCUUUAGCGGAUAUUUCAUCUUUAAGAAUGAGAGAUUUAAGAAAUGAGUAUAAUGACAUGAUACAAACUUUCCAAAUAUCUUUGAAAUUAUUGACUGAUAGAUGUCUUAAUGAACCGAAAAAAUAUCGAUCUUUGGCUGACACCCUCUUAAAAACAUUAGGCCAAAUGAAAAAUUGA